CAGCGUGCCCCCUCCCCCACUCUAGGCGGCGACCUCAGCGCCUCCGCCCCGGGGCCCCCGCUCACCCAGGUAGCGACUCCGCAGCCGGGACGGGUCCUCCAGCCCGAGGGACCUUUUCCUCACGUCCCACAACAGCCAGGGACGAGAACACAGCCACGCUCCCACCCGGCUGCCAACGAUCCCUCGGCGGCGAUGUCGGCCGCCGGUGCCCGAGGCCUGCGGGCCACCUACCACCGGCUCCUCGAUAAAGUGGAGCUGAUGCUGCCCGAGAAAUUGAGGCCGUUGUACAACCAUCCAGCAGGUCCCAGAACAGUUUUUUUCUGGGCUCCAAUUAUGAAAUGGGGGUUGGUGUGUGCUGGAUUGGCUGAUAUGGCCAGACCUGCAGAAAAACUUAGCACAGCUCAAUCUGCUGUUUUGAUGGCUACAGGGUUUAUUUGGUCAAGAUACUCACUUGUAAUUAUUCCAAAAAAUUGGAGUCUGUUUGCUGUUAAUUUCUUUGUGGGGGCAGCAGGAGCCUCUCAGCUUUUUCGUAUUUGGAGAUAUAACCAAGAACUAAAAGCUAAAGCACACAAAUAGAAGAGUUCCUGAUCACCUGAACAAUCUAGAUGUGGACAAAACCAUUGGGACCUAGUUUAUUAUUUGGUUAUUGAUAAAGCAAAGCUAACUGUGUGUUUGGAAGGCACUGUAACUGGUAGCUAGUGCUUGAUUCAAUAGAAAAAUAAAGCAAACUUUUAAUAACAGUCUCUCUACAUGACUUAAGGAACUUAUCUAUGGAUAUUAGUAACAUUUUUCUACCAUUUGUCCAUAAUAAACCAUACUUGCUCGUA